AUGACGAAGAAGAGGUUCGAGGCGAAGAAGGAUUCUCAGGAGGCUGCUGCUCCGGGGGCUGCAGUGCGGGAGGCUGUGGAGGUUCUCGUGAUGUCGAUGAUGGCCGUGGUAGAGGCGGUGGGAUUUGUACCGGUGGCGGUGCUUGUACAGGAGGCGGAGCUUGUACAGGAGGAGGAGCUUGUACAGGAGGAGGAGCCUGUACAGGAGGAGGUGGCGGCGGGAGAAGAGCAGGAGGCGGGAGAGGGAGUAUCGGGAAAGGAGGGAGUAACGGGAAGGGAGGCGGAGCCUGGAUUGGUGUGGGUAUCGCUGGUGCCGGCACCGUCAGGAAGACUGUCGAAGUGA